CCUCAAACAGGAUCACGUUAAGAUUGCUUCAAGAAAGAGGACUUUCAUUUAAACUAAAUGACUCCUUUUUCACGUGAGACUUUGCUAUUUACCUGCUCUGGGCAUGGAUUGGAGAAAAGCAGUUGUUCAUAUUCAGUUGUCAUAUUCCUGAAUGACAACUAGUUGUUUUUAAUGGCAACGGCCUGCUGAAGCUGCACAAUAGACUUCCAAUGGGACUUCUAUAAGACACACUGGAACUACCUGAUAUCUGCAUUGACCAGUGGAAAUGGGGACCGAGAGAGGAGGCUUCUCCGUGCUUCUCCUCAUCGUGCUCUGCUGCUGCUUUGGAGGAAAAUGCGAGCUCCAGGAUUCGAAACCUUCGGCGCAGACGGAGGUCCCGACCGGUGUCGAACUUUUCCCCAACGAACUGGAUGAGGCCCAGGCCUUCCCUGAUGAGGAGAAGGCCCACCUCCCUGUGUUCACCAUGGACUACGCUCGGAUCCAGGUCCCCUUUGAGUUCACACUGUGGGUCCUGCUGGCCUCUUUUGCCAAGAUUGGUUUCCACAUUUACCAUAAAAUCACCAUUUGGAUCCCAGAGUCCUGCCUCCUGAUUUCCGUCGGUCUCGUUGUGGGCGCCAUCAUGCACGCGGUGAAAGAGGAACCCCCCGCUGUCCUCAACUCCGACGUCUUCUUCCUCUUCAUGCUCCCGCUCAUCGUCCUCGACAACGGCUACUUCAUGCCCACGAGGCCGUUCUUCGAGAACAUCGGCACGGUGCUGUGGUACGCCGUGGUGGGAACCCUGUGGAACAGCAUCGGCAUCGGGAUGUCCCUCUUUGCCAUCUGCCAGUUCGAGGUGUUUGGAGUUCAAGAUAUCAACCUGCAGGAGAACCUGCUGUUUGCCUCCAUCAUCUCCACCGUGGACCCCGUGGCGGCUCUGAAUGUGUUCGAGGACAUCGGAGUCAACGAGCAGACGUACAUCGUCAUAUUUGGAGAGGGACUCUUCAACGACGCCGUCACUGUGGUACUUUACAACAUGUUCACCUAUCUGGCCGCGUUGCCCGUUGUUGAACCCACGGAUGUGUUCGUGGGCACGGCCCGGUUCUUCCUGGUGGCGCUCGGUGGCGUCCUCUUCGGCCUCCUGUUUGGGUUUGUGGCGGCGUUCACCACGCGCUUCACCCACAACGUCCGCCAGAUCGAGCCCCUCUUCGUCUUCAUGUACAGCUACCUGGCGUACCUGGUGGCAGAGUGUUUUGCUAUCUCCAGCGUGAUGGCCCUUUUAACGUGUGCCAUCACCAUGAAGUACUACGUGGAGGAGAACGUUUCCCAGAGGUCCUGCACCACGAUCCGCCAUGUUGUCAAGAUGCUGGCCACCAUCUCUGAAACCCUCAUCUUCUUCUUCCUGGGCGUCGUGACCAUAACGACCGAGCAUGAGUGGAACUGGGCCUACAUCCUGUUCACGUUGCUGUUUGCCUUCCUCUGGAGAGGGAUUGGCAUCCUGGUCCUGACCCAGAUCAUCAAUCCGUUCCGUACCAUCUCGCUCAACUUCAAGGACCAGUUUGGCCUCGCCUACGGGGGCCUGCGAGGGGCAAUCUGCUUCGCCCUGGUCUUCACCUUACCCGAUAACAUCAACAGGAAGAACCUGUUUGUCACGGCUUCUGUCGCCGUCAUCAUAUUCACCGUUUUCAUACAGGGCAUCAGCAUCCGUCCAAUAGUAGAAUAUAUGAACAUCAGGAAAACCAACAAAGACGUGAACAACAUCAAUGUGGAGGUUCACACCAGGAUGAUGGAGCACGUCCUCAGUGGAAUUGAGGACUUGUGUGGACAAUGGAGCCACUAUUACUGGAAAGACAAGUUCAAGAAGUUCAACGAUCACGUUUUGAGGCGCAUCCUGAUCCGAGACAACAGGGCCGAGUCCAGCAUUGUGGCUCUGUACAAGAAGCUGGAGCUGCAGGUCGCCAUCGGGUUGCUGGACGGCCCGAUGGGAGACCUCAGCGCGGCGCCGUCUAUCGUUUCUUUGCACGACGAGAGGAAGGAGGCGACUCGACCCAAGAAGAAGUUCCUGGCUGCUGACGUGAGGAAAAUGCAAGACAUCCUGUCAAAGAACAUGUACAAGAUCCGACAGAAGACGAUGAAUUACACCAACAAAUACAAUCUGCCCGACGACAGCCGAACCAGGGAGAUUCUGAUCCGCCGCCACGCAAGCAUCAGACACAGCCUCCGCGCUGAAAGUUUCCGCGAGUUGCCUUCACAAAACAUCCCCAAGUCUCAGAGGUACUACUCGCUCCAACCGGGAAGGGAUCUGGAGACCGCCUUCGCCCUCAGAAGACGAAGUCAUGGUGGAAGCGGAGACGUGGAGCAUCUCUCCAACCUGACGCCGCGCUCCUCAUCCCGCUCUCACGUCCCCAUGAGGAGGUUGAACACCAUCAAGGAGACUGGAAAUACAGCCACCUCCUCCCAACCACACUCGCCACCUCCUGGGGUGGAUGCUCUGGACAGGGGUCCCGGAAGUCUGGAGGGUUCGAGCCCCCAAGGCAGGAAGGUGCUAGUUCCUGCACCCAAGAGGCGUCUCUUGGAUCAGGUAGACUCUGGAGAGGAAGACCCCGCUGACUCUGAACCGGUGCAACCACCGCAUCUACCUCCACCUGGCGGCUGGGCCCCCGAGAACCAGGACCCCCGAGCCAAUGAGACACUGCUUAGGGACCCGUCACAGUGGUCCCGAGCCUCGGGGAGACCAUGACGGACUUUUCCAAAAAAGGAAGAGAAGCACAAAAGCAUCAUCUUUUCUGGUGAGAUGAAUCUGAGGUUUACCUCAAGCAGUGACAUUAAUUCUCCCUCAUUUGUCAGCUUUUAUGUGUUUUUAUGUUAUGUUUGUGUGAUUUUUUGUUGUUGUAGUAUUGGCCAAUAAAUGGGAGUCAGCAGAGUUAUUAGUUUAUUUUUUAAUAUUCAAAUAUACAUUUCUUUAACAAAUGUUGCUAAAAGUACUGUAAUGAGACUAAAAAGUGACUUUGCCUAAUCUAUUUACUCGAGUACUGUAUUUAACAUACAGACAACAAACUCAUUAGCGGACUCUGGACACCAGGAAGUGAAUCAAAACAAACUGUACACAAUCGGGGUCAAGUAAAGUUUAUUAAUUUAAGUAUAUUCUACCUGGGUGAGACUGUCAGACUUAUUUAAAUGUAAUUUUAACUGUGU